GUCGACCAGGAGCAGCCAUCGGCGGCCUGUAUCCCAGCCUCGAUCGAGGAUCGCCAUAAAUCCGGAUUUCAGGGUUUAUGUUCCCAGAUAAACCUCCAGCCAAGGUAGAAAUGAGGCCUGCUUCUUCUUCAGAUAGAAUCAAUAUUGCUGCCAGUGCACGAAGACUGGAUGUCGAUAAUCGGAUAUCCCUCAGAUUCUAUUACCGAAUCGCCGACAAUAUUCUUCGCCAGGCUGACAUAUUUCGACUCGAGAAGAAUGUAAUAGAUCUUUACAUCAUGCUUUUAAGGUUCUCAAGCUUGGUUUCAGAGACGAUACCACGUCAUCGAGAGUAUGGUUCAUCUCCUCAGACUAAAAAAGUCUACUUGAAAAAGAAAUUAUUGGCUGCUGUUGAAGAGCUUGAAAAGUUGAAGCCAGCAGUGCAACAGAGGAUCAACGAAUUUAACCAUCGCCACACAUAUCAAUUAAAUGGCUGGUCCAAUAACCAUCAAAGUGAUGCAUCACAGUGGCCUCCUGUUAAAAAUGGAACCAUGCCUAGCUAUGAUUUGACGAAGGCAGUGAGACCGAUAUUCCAGACAUCUGGUUUUUCAGGUCCUAGGACGCAGCAACUUUCCCUUGCCAGGCCAGUAGAAGAACAGUUCCAUAGAAUAUCCUUAAGCUUCCCACUCCCAAAGGAGGAGACUCUUUCAAGACAUUCUAUAUUUGGUCCAAACGGAUUGUAUGGAAACUGGCAGCCACCUAAAAGUGAUAAAAGAGUCCAAUAUCCGAUGAAUAUAGACCUAUCGCCAGUUGAAAUUCCACGCUUGCAGCAUUCUGUGGAAAGUUCACUUCCUGUGGAGAAAGAGUCUAGCAUUUCACAACUUGGCAGCUCAGAACCGUCAAUAGGAAAUGGAUUACCACAUAAGUCAGAUUCUAGGACUUCAGAGCCUCAAAGUUCAAGUGCAGAAUUGACUGUUAUCCAGAGUGAUGAAAGUCGGAACCGUAAAACAGUGGAACCGGUUGCCAUGAUUUCGUUUGAUACCCAAGACGUCCCCAUCCAUACAGAUAUUGUUAGACAACCUUCUCCCCCAGCUGUACUGGCAGAAGUACAAGAUUUGAUUCCAGUAACGUCUCCACAAGUUAUGGAGCCAGAUUGUAAAAUGGACAUUUCCGCACCUGAUCUUCGUUCAGAGUCUCCCCUUGAACUGCACAUUUCAACCAACAUGAUGGAAAGUUUCAUGAAGUUGGCUAAGAUUAAUACGGAUAAGAAUUUGGAAACUUGUGGUAUCCUUGCUGGCUCUCUUAAAAACAGGAAGUUUUAUAUUUCAGCCCUCAUCAUUCCGAAACAGGAAUCGACAACAGACUCUUGUCAGGCGACAAAUGAGGAGGAAAUUUUCGAAGUGCAGGAUAAAAGGUCCCUUUUCCCCCUUGGGUGGAUUCAUACACAUCCUACACAAUCUUGUUUCAUGUCAUCCAUCGAUGUUUGUAAACAUGUCUAUUUCUCUCCAGAUCAUGUUGCCAGAAUCUGUAGCUAUUGUCAUGGCACCACGAGAUGCUUCUAGGAAACAUGGCAUCUUUCGGCUGACAACUCCGGGAGGCAUGUCAGUAAUAAGGCAGUGUCAGCAAAGGGGAUUUCAUGCGCACGAUCCACCAGCGGACGGCGGACCAAUCUACAAAGCGUGUACAGACGUUUAUAUGAACCCUACCCUUAAAUUUGAUGUCAUUGAUCUACGGUAAUCUCUGACAUCAUAGCUGUAUGAUGAUUGGAAUUGUUAAUUGCUUCCUUUCCUGGGCAACAAAAUUCAUUUAGUCAUUGCUUGUGGAUGCUAAAUCGGGAAAUCAUCAUUGAACCGAGAUUAGUGCAGCUGUACCGUAACUGUAUAUACUGUAUAGAAUGAACUUAAACAGAUAGAUCUUGGCCAUUGCUCGAUUGAUGUUGCUUUGUAACGAAAUGUGAUCUUAUUUGCAAUGCUUUCUACCUGGUACCAAACAAGAAUAGCUGCUGCUGUAUUCAUCAUUUACGUAGGAGCUCGCUAAGGCGACGAAUGAUCUAUUACAAGACAAUUAUGGGUUUGGUUCAGUCCAUAUUUGACAGAAUCUACAU